AUGCCUGGCUCUUCCACCACGCUGUCAUCAGAUCCUUACUGCGACACUUGCCCUGACGAGUGCUACAUGGACUUUGAUGAUGAUGGCGUACCCGAUGCUCAAACACAAGCCUCGACGAAUUUUACGUCUCUUGUCUCACAAGCCAGCUCUUCUACUUCCGCUAUCGCAGCGAAUUCAACAGCACCCGUUCCUCCUCCGGUCGUGAUUGCGGAUAAUAGUUUCGAGAAUGGCACUGGCAAUCCUCUUAACAGCUCUGCCUCAAGUCCUGCAGUCAUCGCCGAGAUUGCUCAAAGCAACGACAGUUCUCCUCUGACUGCGCAGAGUGGAGACAGCUAUUUGUUAUUGACCUUCAAUGAUGGGUCUGCUGCGAAGCUCUUCCGUCGCCAGUCAGCCGCCCAGCCGCUCAUGUACAAUGCCACUCAGUACUUCGCAACAAUCGCAGGCGAUACCUACAACUUGAGUGCCUAUGCUCAGCAAGCCCAGAACGGGCCCAACCCUCCCGAUUGUUCCAUUCGUCUCUGCGUCUAUGACUCCUGCAGCAGUCCCGCUCCUCUACGCACUCGAAUUUACCAGCAAUACUACUAUCUCUUCUCGGCGACUUCAGACGAUGAUUCAGCUCUAGCAACCUUCAGCAUAACUUGUGUUGGCAACGCCUAUGUGGCUCUCGACAGCAUCGCCAUCGUGGACAUCCCGCCUCCAUCAGACGGAUCAGCUCCACCUUCCGACGGCUCGACACCUCCGUCUUCCGGGGCCUCUGCGACGGCGGCAGGUUCUGAUGGUGGCUCAGUCUCAUCGAGUACACUGUCUGAUGGCAGCGUUCGAACGGUGACAAGAACAAUUGUGCGGACGAGGACCACGUCCGCAAUCGUCUAUACGGCAGUUUACUACACCACAACCCAGUACAUCACCUCGACAUACCGAAGCGACAAUACCUAUACCACCGAUCGGCCCACCACAGUAGUUUCAACUGCCUUUGCUACCGCCACAUCUGUCCAGAACCUGACCGUUUCUGCGAUAGUGACUUCCAUCACGCCCGUUACAAUCACGGCGACCAGCCUGUCCGUGUCAAUUCAACCAGCAUCUUCGUUUACCACCGUUAUAACUGCAACACUUCCUCAGGCCACUGUCACGUCACUCAGCGUACAGCCGCAGGCAACAGUGACAACGCUUAGUGUUCAGCCGCAAGCGACGGUCACGUCACUCAGCAUACAGCCGCAAGCAACAGUAACAACGCUGAGUGUUCAGCCGCAAGCAACAGUGACAACACUGAGUGUUCAGCCCCAAGCAACAGUGACGAACCUUUUUGACCACGGUCUACAGCACAACCACGUCUGUCACCCUAUCCAUCUCAACGCAACCUGCUUCCACAUUUACGACAACGCAGAGCCUGAUCCUUACUGCAACUGUCACCUCAACUGCUCCGCCGCCUCCAGCGAGCACGGGAAUCAUAACCACGACAUUCACGAGUUAUGCAGCAACACCGUCUCCAGUUACAGUGACUACCACAAUAGUGAGCUCGUUCACAGCGACACAGACGACUACUGCUCCAGCACCGCCUCCCAACACUGUGACUGCGACGACCACUGCUCCAGCGCCGCCUCCCAAUACUGUAACUGCGACGAGCACAAUCUAUGGCCCCACUCCAGCACCAAUAACUUCAACUCAGACCUUGACUACCACAAGUACUACAACUCAAGAACGACCACUGCGCCCGCACCUCCUGCUAGCACUGUAACAACUACUGCACCAGCACCUCCAGCAAGUACUGUGACGGUUACGGUGACACCAUCCUCUAUUACGAGCGUGACAGCUGCAAGUCCAGCAGCGCAAGGAGCAACUACUGGCUCCCGAACAACGACACCAGUGUCAACAACAGCAGCUCCCACAGUCGCUCUAUCGUCCCCUACUACAAUCAUAAGCUCAGCUGCAAACCAUGACGACGAAAUCGUUGCCCGUGUCGUGCCCUUCGCAAUUUCCAUCUGCGGCUUCUCCUCCAACAAUCUCACCAUAAGCACCAAUGGUGUUCUCGGCUUUGGCAUAACUAGUUCCUACCAGCCUGCCGCUCUUCCACAAUACACAGCUCUCUCCCCCACCGGCUACGCCGUCAUACCAUUCUGGGCCGAUCUCUACAUUGCUCAAGGAACAUCCCAAGGAAUCUACUAUCAAGUUGAUGGUACAGCGGGCUCACGGAUUAUGACUUUUGAAUACUACGCGACAUACUACAACAAGACAGCCAACUAUUAUCAUUUCCAGAUUCUGUUCUACGAAAACAACCCAAACUCUUUCACAUUCAAGUAUCUGAAUGUUACGGACAACGGAGUCAAUGCCGUGGUUGGGUAUCAAUGUCAACCAAACUCCAAAUUCAAGCAGUACUCGGCCAAACAAGCUAUCAUCACCGGAGGUUUACAAGUGGACUACAGUUAUAGCGCAGACACUUUCACCUCUGGUAGAGUGCCAAGUCGAGUUGCAAUGAUUGGCCCAAUGAUUGAUUUCGUCAAUCGCAUUGUCGACAAUGUGUCGAGUUCAUGGCGAGCAGCGACCUCUUGGAUGCGGGAUAAACCUUCGAGUACGCCGUCGAACGAGGUCUACGCCCCAAAGCCGUCAGUGACCUUUGAGGCAAAUGUUGAGGAUAGCAUCAACCGGAGGUGGGCAGGUGGAUACGGUCGCCGAGGGAAUUCCUCAACCUUAGCCUAG